AUGGAAACUGAAUCUAAAAUACAACAAAAGUUUUUUAUUUUGAGAUAAGUCUCUCCUCCAGUACUUGGAUCAAUUCAUUAUACUAAAUCUCCUAAUCUUGAGUAACUUGAUUAACUUGCAUAAAUCUCAGUCAUGAGAAGAAUGAAAUCAAAUGAUCCACAAAAAACUGAACCCACAUAUAGAGACAUACCCAGUAAAUAAUUCAUUCAAAUUAAGAACAUAUAUCAAAAUAGAGAGAAGAAAUUAUUAAAAUAAAAAAAACUAAAUAACCUUCAUUACCCUACUUACCUAAGAAAUAGAAAGAGUUUUAUAAUAAAUGGUACAUACCUUAUGAUUAGAGAUAUGUUUAAAAGCCUGAUUUCAUGGAAUAACAAUAUGAAGGUAAAUCUUAAUACAACUAUUAGAUGAAUUACACUUUUAUAAAAAUAUGCAUAAUAUGUAUGUAUAAUACAAUCCAUUCGAUCAUAAAUUACCUGAAGAUCUUAUGAAAAAGAUUGGCUACAAAGAAAGAACUGAAGCACUCAAAGAAAUAUUGAAAGGCUAGAAGUAGAUUAUUGAAUUCAAGAGGUUUUUUUAUUCCUAUAAAAACUUAGGAGUUUGGAAAAAGAAAAAUAAAGAGUUCCUGAAUUUAUAAAAUAAUUACUGGAAGCUGAAAACAAAAAGUAAAAACAUAAACAGUAAUUUUAAUACUCAUGA